AUGGGUCCCAUACCACUCCAGCUCCUCGAAGCAAGCGCGAGAAGCGCGGUCGGCUGCCAUGCCGAAGACGACAUACAGCGAACAGUCAUCUUCAUGAUUGUGUCCAAGCGCGAUGAGCUCUGGCACUGGAAUGCUUUUGGGCGCUUUGAACCACCGAGGGCGAGUCUGGGGUUCGCUAUGGUUUUCAUGGCCGAUGUCUUGACUUCUAAACAACAAAUUGCCGUGGUACAAUAUAUAGUCACACUAGACCGGGUCACCAAAGGCAACCAGAGCCAGUACCUGCAAAGGCAGGGGGGGCCGCGGCCGGAGCGGCUCAUCCUUUCACGUCCUGCGCCGCGAAGUGACACUUCAAUCCAAACAAACCCUUUGGAGCCGAUUACUUUCAGGUUCUGA